AUCUCAGUUCUCGGAGAGUCCCAGGAGCUCUUCUCGCGAGAGUACAGCGGGUGGCUCCUGUUCGCUGCUUCUGGAACGGCGACUACUGGAACAGCAGCAGCUGGAGCGGUAACCCGUGGCGCAGCCCGGAGUCGGCCUGAUCCGGGAGAGGGUGCAGGGAGAUCGUGGCGGGCGCAGCCUUGAGCUCUGGAGUGUGUCCUUCCCAUUAGCAGAGCUUGUCCCUAUCGCUGAGGCGCGUCCAGCCGCUGCGGCUGGUUGGGGCCGCGCGCGCGGGAGUCGGCAGGGUCGCGGCUGCGGCACCUGUGCAGGCAGCCGGUGCGGGAUCCCCGCCCUGCAGCGUGGGGAACCGGGGCCAGGGAGCGGGUGCGGGUGCAGGCGCGGCCCCGGAGGGCCACCUCCUCCCCGCGCGGCCGCCGCUGGAAGAUGUCUCAGGAAAGGCCCACGUUCUACCGGCAGGAGCUGAACAAGACAAUCUGGGAGGUGCCCGAGCGUUACCAGAACCUGUCCCCCGUGGGUUCCGGCGCCUAUGGCUCAGUGUGUGCUGCUUUUGACACAAAAACGGGGUUACGUGUGGCCGUGAAGAAGCUCUCCAGACCCUUUCAGUCCAUAAUCCAUGCCAAAAGGACCUACAGAGAACUGCGCUUACUUAAACAUAUGAAACAUGAAAAUGUGAUUGGUCUGUUGGAUGUUUUUACACCUGCAAGGUCACUGGAGGAAUUCAAUGAUGUGUACCUGGUGACCCAUCUCAUGGGGGCAGAUCUGAACAACAUUGUGAAGUGUCAGAAGCUCACGGACGACCAUGUUCAGUUCCUCAUCUACCAGAUUCUUCGAGGUCUCAAGUAUAUACACUCAGCCGACAUAAUCCACAGGGACCUGAAACCCAGUAAUCUAGCUGUGAACGAAGACUGUGAGCUGAAGAUCUUGGAUUUCGGACUGGCUCGACAUACAGAUGAUGAAAUGACAGGCUAUGUGGCCACCAGGUGGUACAGAGCCCCUGAGAUCAUGCUGAACUGGAUGCAUUACAACCAGACAGUUGACAUUUGGUCGGUGGGAUGCAUAAUGGCCGAGCUGUUGACUGGAAGAACGUUGUUUCCUGGGACAGACCAUAUUAACCAGCUUCAGCAGAUUAUGCGUCUGACGGGGACACCCCCUGCUUAUCUCAUUAACAGGAUGCCAAGCCAUGAGGCAAGAAACUACAUUCAGUCUUUGACCCAGAUGCCGAAGAUGAACUUUGCAAAUGUUUUUAUUGGUGCCAAUCCCUUGGCUGUUGACUUGCUGGAGAAGAUGCUGGUGCUGGACUCGGACAAGAGGAUCACGGCGGCCCAAGCCCUCGCGCACGCCUACUUCGCUCAGUACCAUGACCCUGACGAUGAGCCUGUGGCCGAUCCGUAUGAUCAGUCCUUUGAGAGCAGGGACCUCCUUAUAGAUGAAUGGAAAAGCCUGACCUACGAUGAAGUCAUCAGCUUUGUGCCUCCACCCCUUGACCAAGAAGAGAUGGAGUCCUGACCACCUGGCUUCUGUUCUGCUGAUCCCACUUCACUGUGAGGGGAAGGCCUUUUCACGGAAACUCUCCAAAUCUCAUUCAAGUGCCUCCUGUUGCAAAGAUCUCCCCCAUGGUGGAAGAGGGGUGUGUGUGGGCCGCGUGUGCACGCAUGUGUGUUAGUGUGUGUGUGUCUGUCUGUCUUUGUGGGAGGGAAAGAUAAUAUGAGCAAAUAUGAUCACAGUGACUUUACGUGGGUUACAGGUGUUCCGUGACAGCCUCUGCUUGUGCUUCUUCGUGAGAGUCAGCUCUGGCCGCAAGAGCUGCUGUCGUGUUAGGGUUUGUUAAAUGCAAAGUGAAAAACAGUGAACGUCCCCAGUCAUGCUGUUACUGUGUUGGCCUCUCCUAUAGCCCCACCUUGGUGGUGGCGGGUCACCUUGACCACAAUAGCACAGAGAAGGCUCACACCGCUCGCUGUUUCAGACCUGAAGUCGUUCCUCAACGAUGCCUGCAGCGAAAAAGGACCAACCGGCUUCUGUGCACCAGUCUAAGAUGAAUUUGCUUUGUAUGAGUCUCAGAACUCAGCAGGUGUAUCUGAAACCUAAUAUGUUUGUGCCUUAAAAGAAGAGAAGAGAGUGUAGGUAGCGCAGCGGUUAAAGUUUUGAGCCGUGCACGUAGUCAGCCUGUUGGAUGGCCACAUGUGAAGCAGGGAGCCUUCAGAGGCACCGUGUGUGCAUGUGUGAGCAUGUGUAUAGUGCUUCUCUCUCUCCCCCACGCCCCCCAGGUGUCGUUGCCAUUUCUCUGCAGUAUUACCCCACCUUUGGUGCAGAGGUUUCUUGAGUAUUGGACCCCAGCAGCCAGAAGCCGGUUCUUGCUGUCCGUGAACUUCCUGUGUGCUCCUCCUUGCUAGCAGAGUGACGAUGUGUUUUGCACGUCUUGCUGUUUGAGCAUGCACAGCUGCUUGUCCUGUUUUUUUUUUUUUUUUUCGGGAGGCCCUGAUGCCAGGCAGGUUUGCCAGUGAAGACUUCGCGGGUGGUUCAGAAGCCACGUCACCUUGGCUGAUGCUGUGGGCGGGUGACAUCGUCUUCUCUCAGCCCCCAGUGCUACUUUGUGUUGAACACAAUUGAUAAUCCAGGUGCUUUGGAUGUGAAAAUUAUGAAGAAAUAGAACAGAUGGAUGUAGAGCGUUUUCUUUCUUGCCAUCUGGUUUUUAACAAACUCUUUUUGGGAGCCAUCGUGGGAAAGACAGGGCUUUUCCCAGGAAUGUCUCAGACUUUGGGUGACGAGUUGUUCUCUUCACUCCCAAUAACCAAUGCUAAGAAAUGUCGAAAAUCAAAGUGAAAAAUUCAAAAGCUCGUGAGGCCAGAAACUCCUUUUGCUAUUUUUAUCUAAAGAUGGCUAUAUUUUUUUUAAAGUAAUGAGGUAUCUUUCCCACCCUUCUUUGGAAAAGGGUCUUCUUGGCAGCUUAACAAUGACUUCUUGGUCUUGGUUUAGGGAGAAAUGAAUUUUGUAUAUUGCAGGAAUCCUUCGAGAAUGUGAUUCCUUUUGAUGGGGAGAAAGGGCAAAUUAUUUUAAUAUUUUGUAUUUUCAACUUUAUAAAGAUGAAAUAUCCUCAGGGGUGGAGAAGAGUUGUUUCCAUAAUUUUCUGAAUUUCAGGCAUCUUGUGCUACAUAAGGACCCAUAUAUUUAAAUCUUUUGUGAAAUAAGAAAGUGGAAAGCCACUUCCAGUGUUGGCCAUGCGACAGUGUCCAGUAUUUCGGCCACGGUGUUUCCGUUUCUCUGGCACAGUGCAGCGCUCCAUGCACUCCAGAGGGACAGGGUAGGACCGGGUCACCUGGAGCAAGAAGGAAGGAGGCAGGCUGGUGGUGAUCUCGCCUCACCCGGGGUUCUCCCCUCUAGAGGAAGAUGAGCGCAGGGGCCUCAUCUCCGUGAUACGCAGUUCAAAUCCUCACAGUCGGCCACAAGAUGAAUUGCGUGAGCCACGCUGGGUUGCAAGUUCUAGUGUGGUUUCCUGCAGAGCUGCUCUGCGUAUGUUUUCCUUGGCAGUUGUGACCAUCCGUGUGUUAGGAGGCUGAAUGCUCCCCGGAGCCUGGACUCAGCCGCCGCCUGAGGAAGUGCUCCGCGGUUCCUGGGAAUCAUGCUCCCGUCUCCUGAUUUCUCUGAACAGAAAGCAAAAGAGAGAAUGAGGGAAACUGCUAUUUUAUCUGUAUUCAUGAACUUGGCUGUAAUCAGUUAUGCCAUAUAGGAUGUCAUACAAUACCACUGGUCGAAAUAAAGGCUAUUUUUCAAAUGUAA